AUGACAGUGGACGAGGUUGUAGAAGAGAUAAUGAGAAUCCAUAGAUCCUUACCAGGCCGACCCGGAAUCGAUGUGGUUGAAGCGGCAAAAACCUUAAUCCGAAACGUCGAGAGGGAAGAUCAGUUGAGACUCGAAGCAGUUGCGAGGCAAAGCAAAGGAAAAGAUGUACCAGAAGAAUUAUUCAAGGUGUUGCAAGAGAUGCAGAGGAAUUUGAUCCAUUUUCAGAGCGCGGAGCAAAAGAGGGAGGCUCUAAAACUGUUGGAUCUUGAAGGUGUCCAUUUACUGUUCGACGAUUUGAUUCAGAGAGCUUCCAAAUGCUUGGGUUCUAAUUCGGGUUCGAAUAAUUCACAGUUGAAUGAUGUUUCCUGUAGUUCUUUGAGGGAUUCAAGUAGUUUGUCCUUGGCAACUACAGCUUCCAUCUCCGGCAACAGUUUCAAUUCUCUGGCGACAGCGACAGAGACAACCCCAACCCCAAACACGAUCACAGCCAUAGCAUCUUCCCUGUCCAGUUCUUAUAACGAGGAGAGAGUUAAGGCAUCUGAGUUGUUUAGCAAGGACGAUAGUUGUUUGAAGAAGACGAAGUCUGCUUUUCAUGUAGAUGGAUUCGGGCUUGGAAUUCUAUCUGGGGGUGUUCUAACUGGGCCCCAGAUUGUUGAUUCCACUCUGAAGCCGGCUAUUACUUCAGGACAAGACGGUGAUAAAAUGAGUUUAAUAAAGCUUGCUAGUUUGAUUGAAGUAUCAGCAAAGAAAGGAACUCGGGAGCUCAAUCUUCAGUGUAAAUUGGCUGAACAAAUUGAAUGGCUCCCCGAUUCAAUAGGGAAGCUAUUUGGUUUAACAAAUUUGAAUUUGUCAGAGAAUCGAAUUCUGGUGUUACCAGACACAAUAGGACGACUUUCAUCGCUGGAAAUGUUGGAUUUACAUGGAAACAAAAUCAUCGAAUUGCCAGAAUCCAUUGGGGAUUUGCUUAAUUUAGUCCAUCUUAACCUGAGUGGAAACCAAAUAAAAACACUUCCUCCUACUAUUGGUAAGUUAGUUCGGCUUCAAGAUCUUGAUUUAAGCUCUAAUGGGAUAAUGGUUCUCCCGGAGACCAUUGGAUCACUUGUCAGUCUCAAGAAUUUGAAUGUUGAAACUAAUGAUAUUGAGGAAAUCCCUCAUACUAUUGGUCGAUGUACUUCACUCAAAGAGCUUCAUGCAGACUAUAACCGGCUUAAAGCUCUACCUGAAGCUGUAGGAAAAAUUGCAUCCUUGGAAGUACUGACAGUGCGUUACAAUAAUAUCAAACAAUUGCCCACCACCAUGGCAUCCUUAUCAAGCUUGAGGGAGCUUAAUGUUAGCUUCAAUGAGCUCGAAUCGAUCCCAGAGAGUCUGUGCUUUGCUACAACACUUGUAAAGAUGAACAUAAGCAACAAUUUCGCGGACCUGCAGUCUCUGCCAAGGUCUAUUGGGAACCUUGAGAAUCUAGAGGAGUUGGAUAUGAGCAACAAUCAAAUUAGAUCCCUACCGGACUCUUUCAGAAUGCUAACUCGACUGCGUGUCUUAAAUGUUGAAGGAAAUCCUCUGGCUGUGCCACCUAGAAAUAUCAUUGAGAACGGAGCACAGGCUGUUGUUCAAUACAUGGCUAAUCUUGUUGCUCAGAGGGAUGUGAAUGAAUUCUUUGGGAAACUGAGCUGUGUUUGGGUUGGAAGAGCACUUGUGUAUGGGCAAAUUCAUUUGUCUUUACAGCGAAAUGAUCUGUUCAGAUAUGGCUCUGGUCUUUGCUUCGUGAUAAAUUGA